GUCAACCCCAACACCAACACCCACAAUGUCGCGCACAAAACAAGCAACAGACCAGAUCGUCAAGCUGAUAGUCGGCGCCGGACAAGCAAGUCCCAGUCCGCCCGUCGGCCCCGCAUUAGGAAGCAAAGGUGUCAAAUCGAUGGAUUUCUGCAAAGAAUUCAACGCCCGCACCGCGCACAUGGUCGUAGGCACUCCCAUCCCGGCACGAGUAACCGUCCGUCCCGACCGAUCCUUCCACUUCGAGAUCCGGACGCCGACGACGGCAUAUUUGUUGCUAAAAGCAGCGGACGUGGAGCUGAAGAAGGGGAAGCUGAAGGGGAAGAGUGGGAAUGAGAUUGUGGGGACGAUUAGUCUGAAGCAUGUUUAUGAGAUUGCGAAGAUUAAGCAGAGUGAGUUGAGGUUGAGUGGGUUGAGUUUGGAGGGGCUUUGUAAGAGUGUUAUUGCGUCGGCGAAGACGGUUGGGGUUGCUGUUACGCCUUAGAGCGGAUUUGAUGGAUUGGAGGUUGGGAUUGGAGGGGGUGGGGGAAGAGGUGGGAGUUGUGGUCGGGAGACCAUGUUUGAGAGAUUCGAGGGCUGGACUGAUAUGUUGUCGAGAGGCCGAGCUCGGGUAUGUGGAGGAACGACUUGAGGGCUACACAGAGUCAUCGUCUCUGGAGUGUAGGACCGCAGGAAAGAUAUGCUGUUAAAUAAAGCGACUAGCAUUGGGUUUUGGAAUGCCUUGAUCUACAUUGCGGCGGCGUUUUGAGGAUUGUAUAUUAUUGGGGUUUAAUUGUAGGUUCUAUUGUACAAUAUGGAUCUCAAAUGGAGAUGUCUACUAUCAGACAUUCAGCUUGGAAUUGAUUACCUUGACCAAUACUGGGAGAAAGAAGUAACAUGGACGGGCAUAGAUAGCGAUGGUUGGAGCUCAUCUAUUGUAUAGCCAAGGAUGGCUGUGAUCCUGAUGUGAAGAGUUGUGAGCUUCAUGCUUCUUGC